UUACAAAUAGUGUUCUUAGGAAUGCCCCUCUGCAUACUGUGUGUACAUCAGAUACAAGUUAUUUGCUCAACCACUGAGCCACACUGGCUGGACUAUACAAGUUUAUUUGAAGGCUAUAUUUCUAGAACUGGAAUUGCUGGAUUCAAAGGAGUGAAGACAUAGUCCAGAGAGGGAGGUGUAAAGCUACAGGAAGCUAAAGCUGUGUGUAUUUGUGGAUCAGACAAGUGCAGCAAGUUAAUAUCAUUGGCUUCUGAAGGGGAGAGUGAGGUGAUGGCUGCGUUUAAGUUGGAUUUCCUUCCAGAAAUGAUGGUGGAUCAUUGCUCUUUGAAUUCCAGUCCCGUCUCAAAGAAAAUGAACGGCACCCUGGACCACCCAGACCAACCGGAUCUUGAUGCUAUCAAGAUGUUUGUGGGCCAGGUUCCGAGGACCUGGUCUGAGAAGGACUUGAGGGAACUCUUUGAACAGUAUGGUGCUGUCUAUGAAAUCAACGUCCUAAGGGAUAGGAGCCAAAACCCUCCUCAGAGCAAAGGGUGCUGUUUUGUUACAUUUUACACCCGCAAAGCUGCAUUAGAAGCACAGAAUGCUCUCCACAACAUGAAGGUCCUCCCAGGGGUAAGAAAGCUCCUAGUAAUGCAUCAUCCUAUACAGAUGAAACCUGCCGACAGUGAGAAGAACAAUGCAGUGGAAGACAGGAAGCUGUUUAUUGGUAUGAUUUCCAAGAAGUGCACUGAAAAUGACAUCCGAGUCAUGUUCUCUUCAUUUGGACAGAUUGAAGAAUGUCGAAUAUUGCGGGGACCUGAUGGACUGAGCCGAGGUUGUGCAUUUGUGACUUUUACAACAAGGGCCAUGGCACAGACUGCUAUCAAGGCAAUGCACCAAGCACAGACCAUGGAGGGUUGCUCAUCCCCCAUGGUGGUAAAAUUUGCUGAUACGCAGAAGGACAAAGAACAGAAGAGAAUGGCCCAGCAGCUUCAGCAGCAGAUGCAGCAAAUCAGCGCAGCAUCUGUGUGGGGAAACCUUGCUGGUCUAAAUACUCUUGGACCCCAGUAUUUAGCACUUUAUUUGCAGCUCCUUCAGCAGACUGCCUCCUCUGGGAACCUCAGCACCCUGAGCAGCCUCCACCCAAUGGGAGGGUUAAAUGCAAUGCAGUUACAGAAUUUGGCUGCCCUAGCUGCUGCAGCUAGUGCUGCUCAGAACACACCAAGUGGUACCAAUGCUCUCACUACAUCCAGCAGUCCCCUCAGCGUACUCACCAGUUCAGCAGGGUCUUCACCGAGCUCCAGCAGCAGCAGCUCUGUCAACCCCAUUGCUUCCCUUGGAGCCUUGCAGACAUUAGCUGGAGCAACAGCUGGCCUCAACGUCAGCUCUUUGGCAGGGAUGGCUGCUUUAAAUGGUGGCCUGGGCAGCAGUGGCCUUUCCAAUGGCACUGGAAGCACCAUGGAGGCCCUCACACAGGCCUACUCGGGGAUCCAGCAGUACGCUGCCGCAGCGCUUCCCACUCUGUACAACCAGAAUCUGUUGACACAGCAGAGCAUUGGUGCUGCUGGAAGCCAGAAGGAAGGUCCAGAGGGAGCCAACCUGUUCAUCUACCACCUGCCCCAGGAGUUUGGAGAUCAGGACCUGCUGCAGAUGUUUAUGCCCUUUGGGAAUGUCGUGUCUGCCAAGGUUUUUAUAGACAAGCAGACAAACCUGAGCAAGUGUUUUGGUUUUGUAAGUUACGACAAUCCUGUUUCGGCUCAAGCUGCCAUCCAGUCCAUGAACGGCUUUCAGAUUGGCAUGAAGCGGCUUAAAGUGCAGCUCAAACGUUCGAAGAAUGACAGCAAGCCCUACUGAGCGUGCUCCUCUCUGAGACUGGAGUUGAGAGGGUCUUCUGAUUCCUGCCGUUUGUUCAUCGUUGUGCCUAAAGCAUGUCGAUGUGGCGUCAAGUACAUCGUCCAAAUCCCUGUCUCUUCAGCUUCUCUGAUGCUUGAACUCUCACCUUUGACCUUGUGUUGACCUUUGAUGCUGAUGUGUAUUUUUAUUAUGUUUGUUUCUUUCUUUGUUUUUUCUUUUUUCUUUCCUUAUUUUUCUUUUGUGCUGCCAAAUUGGUUUUGCUAGAACGACUGCUGAAGGGGAAAUAUUUAAACUUGCAUUUGAAUAUAAAAAAAUCUAUUUUUCUAGAACUUCAUAAGAUAACCACUUGAUUUUGUGAUUCCAAUUCUUUGUAAUUGUCUUCAGAGCAGCCCUACUAGCACAUACCGCGUGGUCUUUGUAUUUCUGUGAACACACAGCCAGUCCGUUUCUAGGCUUUGUUUCUGUGUGCUUAGUUUUAAAGACAACUUUGAAGUAAACAAUGAAAUAAAAGAUGUCACUGAAACCUUUGAGGCUCCUGAGCACAUUUUGCUGAUACAGUUUGUGGGGCUUGAGGAGACUGCAUGUGUUCUUAUUUUUGUUUUUCUGAGUUCUCAACUGCAGAAAACAUUUGAACCCCCUUACCUUUUUGACAGCAGGCUGCAGUUUGGGCCCCAGCAAGCCCUUUUCCUUUUGAGGUUCUUUCCUGCAACCACCCUGCAGGGAGCCUUCAGAUCCCUCUGCCCCUCUCCCUCAGCCCACUGUCCCCACCUCCAUGCUUGUUCCUACAGUCUCCACAGCAAAAUGUGAUGCUUUGAUUUUUUUGUUUUUGUUUUUGUAUUGUUUUUGUGCUUUUGUUUGGAAUUUUUUCCUUUCCUACUAUGAUUAUGCCCAGAAAAAAAACAAGGUUUGCAUGUUUCCUGCUGUUUCUUCACACCUUCUUAUAUAUCACCUUCACCUCUCUGUUUUCUAUAGUUUGUGCAAAAACUGACCGAUUUAAGAGGGUUUCAAAGAAGCUGUUUUAAAUUGUUGUGGGGUUGAUUAUUUUUUUCAAGAUUGUAUUGUUUUAUUUUGAAGUGGCAACUUUCUCCUCUAUUGCCCUUAGAGCGUUUGCCUGUGCACUUAGACUGUCACCUCAUGUGGCCUCCAGGCCUCAGCAGGGCCUCCAGAAGGCUGGCUGCUCUGCUUAGAGACAGGUUGGGUGGGUGCCCAGAGAGGCACAAGGAACAGAGGUAGAAUCCAGAAGGUGGCUGCAGGUGGGCUGGAGGCUUAGCGCAUUAGGGGUAGUGAGCAUCCCUUGGCCCAGAACAAGGAGGGUGCUCUUGACCACUCAGAGGAGGCCAUCUGUGCACUAAGUGGCAACACACCUGCCAGCGCUUUUCCUAGGUGACAAGCACAAUACUACAGUCUUCACACUGUUUACAGCCCUGGCCACCAGCCACCCCACACUGGCUCUUCACCGCAGCUCUGCUCUUAGCUAGUGAGAUGGAGUAAGGGCGGGGAUUUGUUUUUUUUCAAUUGGGCGAAGAGCCAAAUAGCUACUGUCUCUGGGUGCCAGGCAAGCCAGUUCCUUGGUUUCCUGAAGGGAACUUGCCCUCCUCUCUUGUGGCACCAUCCAGCCUCAGGGUCUUAGGGGCUUGAGUAAGAAUGUGAAUGGCAGAGGGAGAGGCUAGAGAUGAGAGGUCACAGGAUGACUAUGUGGAGGUAAGAGGUUUCAGAGGGAGGAGUCUGCGAUAGAUCCCACCCAGAGAACAAAGCUGCUGGUGGGCCGGAGAGCUGGGAAGCAGGAUUGUCCAGGGAAGGGUGGAGGUGGCGGGGAGCCAAGGGACGGGGGAGGGGGUGGGGAAGGUAGAAGCACUGUUAGCAUCAUCCAUGCUGGGGUUGACGAAGGAAGGGGUUCCAGCAGAAUUUCUUCGUUUCUCGUCUGGGACCCAGCGGGUUGCCUAGUAUUAUACUUGAGGCCACUCUUACUAGAAGGAAAAAGCGGCCAAAUGGAGGCCCAUGUAUGGUAGACUGCUUAAUUUCCUGGAAGGGGUGAUUGGGUGGAAAGAGGCCAGGAACCCCAGCCUGAGCAAACUGCCGUGCACCCCACAGUCUGACUGCACAGAGCCGCCUCUGUUGGCAGAAGGCGCUGAGGCUCCCCUUCCUGUGUAUCCAGAAUCCGUGUUUGCCAAUAUGUUUUGCUUUCAAUUCCAAGAGGAUCUCUGGGAAAACCUGUGGAUAAAACCAAAUGCCAAACGUUGGACGUUUCCUUUUUCUUUUCUCUCUGAUUGUUUUAAUUGUUCUGUGGUGGUUUUAAUGGAUUUGAGACCCUGGAGCGGCAGCUGCCUUUCUGAUUUCCAGCUGCUUUUUGUGAAUAAUUUAAAAAGAAAAAAAAAAAGAAACUUUACAUUUUGGAGACAAACCUGUGUGAGUUUUUUAUUGGUACAAACGUUGUAUUUAACACUAGGGGUUUUGUACAGUUUUUUGCCUUUUCUACUAGAAAACAAUGUAAAGUGAUUUCACAAUGUGAAGAGAAAAAAUUGCCACUAUGACCAAACGCACAGUCUGUUCUGCAGCAACAACGGGAUUCAAUCAACUCAAAGUCGUGAUUCAGCGUAGAAAUGCUUUUCCUUUACCUUGUUUAAGCUUUUCCUUUCUUCCCUGUUUUGAUUUGCAAAAGAAAAUGUCUUUUUUGUGUGAACUUGUGUUGUACUAUGUAGAAAAUUAUGGAUUUUACUUUAAUGGUUUAAAAAAAAAAAAAAAAAAAA